UAUUCCUUGUUUUCAUUUUCAACUUCCAAAUCUUCUCCCUUCUAAAGUUAACCGACCCAUCGGUGGAAACCACAAUGAAUCAUCCACCAUACACCUCCAUAGAGUUACCAUCAACCCCCCUCCUAUCCGCCGCCACCACCACCGGUAGUAGUAGCGACCCAGACGAAAGUCCGGUCACAUCAAACCGUUUCUUCCACUACAGCAUCCCAAAAACACCCUCCUGCUCCUCAUACCGGUCACUCUCCGUCCUCACCGGCCACGACGGAUCGGUUUCUUGCCUCGCAAUAUGCGGUGAAUUCGUCUUGAGUGCGUCCCACGGCAAGGACAUUAUCGUAUGGCAGCAACCGGAUCUCCGCCAAUUCACCAAAUUCGGGCAAGGAGACGGGUCGGUGAAGGCGGUUGUGACGGUUGGAAACAAGGUUUUUACAGCCCAUCAAGAUUCAAGAAUUAGGGUUUGGAAAGUGUCAAGAAGCUCUGAAAAUAUCUUCAAGCUUGUCAACACUCUUCCGACCACCAAGGAUUACUUGGGAAAGUUCAUGAAACAAAGCAAUUAUGUCCAAACAAGACGGCAUCAUAAGCGGUUAUGGAUCGAGCAUGCGGAUAGUAUAUCGUGUUUAUCCGUCUCUAACGGGUUAAUCUACUCGGGUUCUUGGGACAAGACUUUGAAGGUGUGGAGAAUCUCGGAUUUAAAGUGUUUGGAAUCGAUAAAAGCGCAUGAUGACGCCAUUAACUCGUUGAUCGCCAGUAAUGGGAUCGUCUACUCUGCUUCAGCGGACGGAAAGAUUAAAGUGUGGGGGAGGAGUGGGACUGAACCCGAAAGUUCGCAUUCGUUAAAGGGUAUUUUGGAGGGUCACAAAGACGUUUCAAUGAACUCGGUGGUGGUGUCGGACGAUGGCUCGGUGGUUUACGGCGGCGGCUCGGAUGGGUAUGUGAUGGGGUGGUUGGGUAGUAAAGAUUUGGACAGUUGGAAGUUUGUUUGUGAGGUUAAAGCACAUAAAAUGGCAAUUUUGUGUAUGUGUAUAAGAGGUGAAAUAUUGUGUAGUGGUUCAACUGACCAGAGUAUAUGCAUAUGGAAAAGAGAAGUUAACGGGUUGACCAAGAUUGGGGUGGUCAAAGGGCAUGGAGGUCCGGUCAAAUGUUUGCAAGCAUCGCCAAAUAGUGUUGGAGGGGGGUUUUUGCUAUACAGUGGGAGUCUUGAUAAGAGUAUUAGGGUUUGGUGGGUUCCACAUUAUUAUGAUGAGGCUAACACAGGGGAUUCCGACCAUGAAGGUCAAAGUACGAGGAUGAUCAAAUCAGUUUAAUGAUGAUGUUGUUCAUGUGGUAGCACUGAUUCCGUUUUUGAGUGUUUGCAGUGCUAAAUUCUUUAUAGGGACUGUCUUGUUGUUCAUGUCUUUUGUUGUAUUUGUUUGUUUUGAUGUUCUUUUGUGUUGCA